AUGCCAUUAGGAAUAUUUGGAGGCAGUAGCAAAGAUGGUGGACCGAAGCCUCAACCUUUGACAAGUGAAGAAUCAAUUCUGAAGAAGGAAAAAAAUGUGGGAAGCUCUAGCAAUACACCGAGUGAAAUUAAAGAUACAAAAGGUGGGUUUGCUAUUGUCUAUUUGGUAGUGGACAAGCACAAUCGAAGUUAUGCACUAAAACGGCAAUUAAUUAGAGACGAUCAAAGACAGGUUGAAGCUAGCAGAACAGAGAGCCAAAUUGUUAAAAAUUUGAGUGGUCAUAAGAAUAUAAUUGAAUAUGUUGACCAUCAACUUGUGCUUGGGAAAACAGGAGUAUACGAUUACAUGUUGUUGACUACUUAUUAUCCAGAUAAUGUUCUACAACUAAUGAAUUCUCGAAUUUUAGUCAAUAAAUGGCUUUCUCAUAAUGAAAUUUUGGAUAUUUUUUGUGAUAUUUGUGAAGCAGUUGCUCGGCUUCAUCAUUCAAAGACACCGGUCAUUCAUCGUGAUCUCAAGGUAGAGAAUGUCUUAAUCGAUCGAGGAUCCAGCAAAGAGCGUCCAAUUUAUAUUCUCUGUGAUUUUGGAAGUGCAACAACAAAAGUUUUGAGUAAAGAACACUAUUCUCAUGCAUUUAUGGAAGAAGAAAUCCAACGUUAUACAACUCUUAGUUAUCGUGCCCCUGAAAUGAUUGAUUUAUUUUCGGGAACUUCUAUAGAUACAAAAAGUGAUAUAUGGGCCCUUGGAAUCAUGCUUUACAAAUUAUGUUAUUUUUCUCUACCUUUUGGAGAAUCAGCUUUAGCAAUACAAGGAGGAUUGUUUUCUUUCCCAGAAGUGCCACAAAUACAGGAUGGAAUUAAGGCAAUGAUAAAUCUCAUGCUCACAAUGAGUGCAAAACACAGGCCAAAUAUUUAUCAAAUGUCGUAUUUAGCUUUUUCUGCAGCAGGAAAGAAAUGUCCAGUAUUUAAUGUUGAGAAAUGUGCAAGAAUCGAAUUAAAUGAAGCUAUACAAAUUUUGCACCUUCGUGACAAACUUGGCUCAAAUUAUUCUCGUUUAUUUGAAAAGGCUAUAAAUGAUUUUGAAGCACAGAAGAGACGGCACACAAUGCCUAAUCAACCAGUUUCUAAAGAAGAACAUCAAACAAACAUUCCUUCAACAAGCAACGAAAUAGCCCAUCCAACUCCAUCAAUUUCAUCAAAACUUGCGGAAGGUGUUAUUGUGAACACAACAACAAAAGAAAUUGGUGAGAUGCAUCCAAGGUCUGCCACAACAUCUGUAAAUCCUCGUUUAAGACCAAAACCUAAUCAAGCCUUCUCAACCCCAAAUCAAAAAACAACAAAUUUAACUGAAGUUGAUUCUUUUGUCAACAAAAGUAAACAAAUUAGUGGAAAUAUUAAAGGGGAAUCAUCAACCUCAUCACAAAUGGUUGAACAACAAACUGGAGAUGAAGAAGAUUUAACAUUACAUUUGAGCGCUUUUCAACCCUAUUCUCUAGCACAAGAAGAAAAAAAGAAUAAUAAUUCUUUUAAAAUAACAGAAAAUACUGCAAGAAUAUUUGAAGUAUCAAAUCCUUUUGCACAACAAUGUUCUUCGUCUGAUUUUAAUAAUAUGGAUGAUAAAAUUUUUGGUGAACAUUUUGAUGCUAUUAGAAGAGAUCGUGUUAAUUUUCAAGAGGAGGAUAACUUAAUUUUUGAAACAAACAAAUACUGUGAAAGAAUAUCCAACGAUUUUGUAACAGAAUGUGGCACUUCAUCAAGAAAUAACUUUUCAAAUCUUUCUAAACAAGUUGAUCGGGAUUGGGAAACAAUAGAGAAAAGAAUGGGUGACGAUCCUUUUAUGAAUGCUCCACCUAUAUUACCAAGUCAAUAUUUACAUCGUAAUUAA